AAUUGAACGCAGCCAAACAUGCUACCCUGUUGCAGUUCGCUGCCACCAUCUCCAUCUACUAAUCUACAAACCAACAAUGAGUGAAACACCGCCAAAACCAAAACCAGGUUCACUGCGCGACAGGAUCGCCGCGUUCGAGAAUGCUAACAAGAGUGCAGCGCCUGCCCCUGGGCCUGCACCACGCCCAAAGCCCUCGACCCUCCAAUCGUGGAAACCAAAGGUACCUUCACCACCUCAGUCGCCAGAAUCUGAGCGUAAGACUGCGGGGAUGUCUGCAUCAGACGCGAUGGAGAGCAUCGGCAGAGGCGGAAGUCUCAAAGAGCGCAUGGCUGCUCUCCAGGGCAAGGUUACGUUUGGCGGCGGCACCCCGCCCCCGAUCCUCCCAAAACCUGCAGACAAACCAAGGUGGAAACCACCGCCGCAAGUAUCAGCUCCUGAAGAUCAGGUUCUUUCGCAAGACGAGGCGAUUGAUGCUCAAGGGUCUUCUCCCCCUGCUACGGGUGAUCCUGAUUCUACCGACCUAAAAGGCGAACAUGAGGCUCAGCAGGAUGCCGCUGAGAUUGAACAAGAUCCGGAGGAAGAGGAGAGGCAGCGCCGUGCUGCGAUCGCUGCUCGCAUGGCUCGUCUGGGUGGUGCACGUGUUGGCAUGGGCCCGCCUCUGUUUACCAACAAGCCAGCUCCCAAGAAGCCAGUAACCCCUCCACCUCAACCUAGGCAAGAUGAGGGAGUGACCUUCGAAGACUCAGAGGUGACUCCACCUCCUGCGGAGGCUAUAAGCCCUCCCGCUGAUGUCAGGGAAGAGACGCAGACUGAUCCAGAUUUCUUCCCCACCCCUACACACAAGGAUUCCGACUCUUCCUCGCUCUCCAUUUCAGAUUCCCCAUCCAAUGCAGCAACUACCCGCUCAAUGCCAGUACCCGCCGGUCCACGUCGCGCAGCUCCCCCGCGCAAGAAGGCGUACAAGUCGCCUCCGGUAUCCCAGCUCUCAGAGGUUCCUGUGCCUGUUGCGGCAGCAGAUGUUUCUGAAGAGGCCCCGGACUCUGAACCCACAGAAGAACCUACGACUACUACUGAACCGGAACUUGAACUCGAGCCAGAGGCCAGACCAUCUGUUGUAACGGUGACAUCACAAGAAGUAGUCGAAAGCCCAGAACAAGUCCCAGUCCCAUCCGCAGAGCAGAUCCUCGUCAUCGGUGACGUACAGAAGGAGAUUGGUGAAGUAGGCGUAAGUGUCGAGCUUGACACAGCCGAGGUGGACCCCGCAGACAAGCUCGAGCAGGAACGUUACCAUGUCGAUGCCGAUGAGCCUGCUCCUGAGCAACAAGACCAGGAGGAAGAAGAGCAGGAACAGGAAGAGCAGGAAUAUGAAAAGCGUGAGCAAAAGGAAGAAGACGAAGCAGAAGAAGAAGCGCGUAGGCAACGCGUAGCUGCUAAACUCGCUCAGAUGGGCGCGUUUAACCCAUUUUCGGGACCUCCGCCUGUAUCCUACCAGGAUUCCAUACCCUCAACUACUGCUAGACGUGACUCGAUCACCAUUCAGUCUGUCUCAGUAGAAGAACCUCUCGCCGUUGAUGAAGCAACUCCCUCUCCCCCUGCUGCUUAUGUUUCUCCCCAGUCCCAUGUGGAGGAAGAACUAGAACAAGCCAAAGAAGCAGGAGAAGUAGAUGAGCCCGCUUCUCGUGCUGCCGAGUUCGAUCAUGGAUCUCAGCCUGACUUGGGGACAACUCGUCGCGUGCUAUAUCACGAUGAGAUGGACGAACAAGAACAAUGUGAUGGUUCGGAUCAGCUUUUGAAUGAACACGAAGCUUGGGAGCCUGCAUCACAGUCACACACUCUAGAUACUCCUCUACCACCGGCAAAUCCUAUCUCGCAAGAAUACCAACCCGGCCAGGGUGAUCCGAAUCAACCAGGUACAAGUGCCCAGGACGAGGAGGACGUAUUUACAGAUGCUGUUGACUCAGCACCAGAUAAUGCACCCGAGUUCCUUCAAGUUGCACCGGAAAUAACCCCAGACCAACACCAGGACAACGACGAGAUGCCCCCUGCUCGUAUCACACGUUCAGUUCCACCCCCACCUGUCAAUUUAUCGUCGAAGUCUUCGAUUACACCAUCAUCCCCACCGCCACCCCCCAAACUGCCGUAUGCGCUCCAGGCUGACGAGGAAAGGCCCGAGUCGCCUGCACCGCGACCUGUACCUCCCCCUGUAAAGAGUGUUAAAGCCACUGAGAGGCGACCUGCCACACCCCCUCGCGUCGCUCGGCGUACCAGUGCCAGUGUCAAGUCUGCGGAUAUGGAAGAGGAACCACCUUUCCCACCUCCUCGUGUCGCUCGGCGUACCAGUGCCAGUGUCAGGUCUGCGGAUAUGGAAGAGGAACCACCUUUCCCACCUCCUCGUGUCACUCGGCGUACCAGUGCCAGUGUCAGGUCUGCGGAUAUGGAAGAGGAGCCACCUUCCCCACCCCCUCGUGUCGCUCGGCGUACCAGUGCAAGUGUCAGGUCUGCGAAUAUGGAGGAGCCACCUUCUCCACCCCCCCGCAUUUCUCGGCGUACGAGUGCAAGCGUGAAGUCUGUGGAUAUAGAGGCUCCACCUACACCACCGCCUGUGCCGACCUCUCCUCGCCCUUUGGUGCGCAGACCGACUUCUCCACCAAUAAUCACUGCACUUCCGCUUGUUGUUGUUGUUCCUGUGACGAGCUGUCAUGUUGAGCGAGAGUUAUCAGAUGAUGAGGCACCCUCCCAGCCUCAGCGAGCUCAGGAGCCUGAAGAAGAGGAUGAGGAUUCUGUGCGCAAACGGACCAUUGCAGAGCGCAUGGCGCGUUUGGGCGGGAUCCGGUUUGGUGCACCACCAGUCCCCACGCCACUUACUCGACCUACUUUUCCUCGUGCACCUCCCCCGACAUCUAUCCCUCCUGAUGAACCUGAAGUUGAUGCUAAGGAAUCCGAGGAAAGAGACGAGACAGUAGAAGAUGAGGCUGCGAGGAAGCAGCGGAUCGCCGUAAAACUUGCAGGUAUGGGUGGCAUGCGAUUUGGGAUGCUGCCGCCCGGCGCGGGUGUAGCACCUGCCACUGCUCGACGACUUGCACCAAAGCAGGAUGAUAGUGAGAGUGAGGAUGCUGCGCUUCCUGUACCUGCACCCGCACGUCGGCCAUUGCCACCUGUCGAGGUCGAUCCGGAGCAGGAAUCCCGCCAGACAUGGUCGGAAGAUGACGUGCGUGUUGAAAUGGAGGAGAGCGAGGUCGAGGAGGCGUAUUAUUCAGAUGCGGAUGUUAGAGAGCCGGUCGAGGAAGAGGGCCCGCCCUUGCCUCCACCCCGACGGUCGUCUUUGACGUUGAAGUCUGCAGAGGUACUUCCGACCCCUCCUCCGCGUUCACCUCCUCCUGUUGGAAGACCUCCAAUUCCAUCCAUCCCUACUGCUCUGCUUAACCGUCGCUCUAGUAUUGCGACGGGAUCGUCUUCCAGAAAGUCCUCGGUUGACUACUCCAGUGCGACUGAAACUCCCGUACAGAAGCAGCGAAUACAUACAGCGCUACCCUUGGAAAGAGACUCAUCAGAUUCUGGUACCCCAUCAGAGUAUGUGAUGGUGGAGCCUGAACCAGAGACCGAGGAAGAGCCUGUUGUGCCUCCACCUCGCCGCUUCAGUCGCGCCCCUCCUCGCUCGUUCCCUCCGCCUCCGCCUCCAUCCGCCAUCGACCCUCCUGAACAGAUUACUAGCACUACUCAGUGGGAGCUUCCGUCGAUCCCCCAGGCUACAUCUGAAUUUGGCGAUGAAACGGACCUAGCUUCAUCCAGAUUCUCAGAAGACUCAACGUUCCAUGGAUCCACUUCACCAAUGCAUCAAUCCGACUCUCGCCGCACCUCAGGGCAGACUGCUCGUCCCGUUGACCAGCAGCUCAGCGCAGACGACCUCAUGGUGCUCUGGGGCAAAAUUGGAGUGCAGGUGGUGGAGUCUGCAACUGGGUUGUUCGAGAAAUCUAAACGCUCGCUUGUUGGCGAUGGUUCGUACGCGGGAUUUGUGAAGGCUGUUUUGGCACAAGUACCCGAUGCGCAACGCGCCUCAGGGGAGGGUGAGGAUUGGGGGUACUCUAUCUACGUGCAAAGUGCCGGCUCGGUGCAGCGCCGCGUUGCUGAUAUCCUACCGGGCGACGUGAUCGCCUUUUGGGACGCGAAGCUCAAGGGCCACAAGGGGCUUCACACGUAUAGCCAAACUGUUGGCGUAGGGGAGAACGGUCCGCUUGUAGGUGUGGUGAGCGAGGUGGAGAGUAAAAAGAGCAAAGUUCGCAUAUGGCAAGCGAAUCAGCAUGUCGGUCAGCAGGUGAGUUUACUACGAAGAUGGGGGUGGAGGCCGAACAACGCGCUGACACCGAAGGCUACGCAGACUGUGGAGAAUGUGAGUUAUAGGUUGGAGGAUCUGAAGAGUGGGGUUGUUAAGGUGCGUUAUCUUCUCUUGUUUGGUUGAGGGUUUUGCUGAUCCGGGUUUUUUCUGUGUUGCGAUGCUUAGGUGUUUCGUGUCAUGGCCCAAGUAUGAGCAGUUUUGUAUGUACGGAUUUUGUAGGUGGAUCGUGUAAUACUUUGGAUUUCAUUUUAUAUUCGGAACCGUAUAAUUCCAUGUGGACUCUCAUCUAGGCAUUCAUGUGCACGCACAACUACAUCAGUCGGACUCAUCGGUACUCUUCUGGCUUGAUUAGUAACCACAUACCAUGACUCAAUCGGCGACACCUUGAAAUAUACUCACUAUCAUGAUGAAGC